UUGCUUGGGUAGUCUGCGUAGACGGAAUCAUGCUGAGAGUAGCUGUUAUCGGGGCGGGUGUGAACGGUGUUGCGAGUGCCAUCAAAAUAUUGGAGCACUAUCAGGAUGAGAAGAAGCUAAAUGUGCAGGUGACCAUAUUGUCGGAGCAAUUCACGCCCCAUACGACGGGCGACGGCUCGGCGGGUCUGUGGGGUCCCUUUCUGUUGGGCGGCACAGAUGAGUCUAAAGUUCACAAAUGGUCAAGGGAUAUGCAUCUAUUCCUGGAGCAGAUUUGGCUAAGCGAGGAUGCGGGCGAGGCAGGUGUUUGUCUGGUGCCCUGCGUGCGCCUCAGCUCAGAUCCGAGUGUGAUCGUUGGCGAUUUCUGGCGUGAUAUUGUCUAUGGAGCUGUGGAACUAACAGCUGAACAACUGGAAGUCUACAACAAGGGCAGAGAUGUCAAAUUCACUUGCGGCAUGUCCUUUGUGACUUACACGUCAGAGCCCAUCAAGCUGCUGCCUUACCUGAUGAAACGCUUUGUGCGCCGAGGCGGUCAAGUUGAGCAGCGAAAAAUCACAGAUCUCGAGAGUUUUGUCAGAGAAUCCUCCUACGAUGUGAUCGUCAACUGCACCGGCCUUGGCUCCAGGCAGCUGCUGAACGACGAUGACGUCUAUUCGGUACGUGGCCAAGUUAGCCGCGUGAGGGCCAAUUGGGUGUUCACCGCGAUCCUUGAUGAAAGCGAUGAUGGCAACUACAUCAUACCAAACACCGAGUCUGUGGUGCUUGGUGGCACUCACCAGGAGCGGGACUACAAUACCAAUGUCUGUGCGAAGGAUAAGCGUUUCAUUAUCGACGGCUGUCGCAGCCUGCUGCCAGGCCUCAAGCACUCGGAGCACUUGUUCGAUUGGGUUGGCCUGCGACCGGGUCGCGUCCAGCUGCGCCUGGAGGCGGAACGUCGUGGCAACAAGCUGCUCAUACACAACUACGGACACGGCGGCAGUGGAGUCACCCUCUGCUGGGGCUGUGCCGACGAUGUCCUUAACCUCUUGCUAGCUGCCAAAGUCAAAGCGAAGCUGUAAA